AUGAACUUUUUGAUCACCGAUAAGUGCUCAAAGCACACAAUUGUGCCAAAUCUAUUAGCUGAAAUUAUCCUUCGAAUAUUAUUCUUAAUGGGAGUGAUCGCUACUCACACCAGUUGUCAACGUCAACCAAUUUGUAUAACUCCAGAGGAGCUUAUAAGCGACUACAAAAAACCCCGCCGGGAUUCCAUAGUGCCACCGUGGGUAAUGUUAUCUAUAAUAAUAUAUGUACCGCUGGUCAUAUUAUGCCUCCCAAUCGUGCUGUUAAGGAACUACGUUGAAAGUAUACAGGCUCUCCUCGCGUGGACACUUGCCGUCAUAAUAAAUGCGUUCAUCACUGAGGUUCUAAAAAUAAUCAUAAGCCGUCCUAGACCGGACUUUUUCUACCGCUGUUUCCCGAAUGGCAUAGUCGCGGAAUGCACUGGAGGUAUUAAGGAUAUAGUCGAUGGCAGGAAAUCGUUUCCGAGCGGGCAUAGCAGCUUUUCCUUCUGUUCGCUCGGUUUUCUAAGUAUAUGGUUAUACGGGAGGUUUCUCGGACGCUAUUCAGGAAAUAUACAAUGCGCAAUGUUUUGUUCAAUGCCUGUAUUUUUGGCUAGUUUUAUAGGCUACAGCCGUUGUUGUGACAAUCACCAUCAUUGGGAGGACGUGAUUGCAGGCGCAGUUAUUGGUUUAAUAACCGCAUUCCAAUGUUAUAAAGCUUAUUGUGUACCUGCUGGUGGGAUUACCAUGGAGGAAAGGAAUGAAUGA